AUGAGAUCGGUCCAAAGACUGAGAACGAGUACGCGUCAAGUCGGCAUUGUGCCCUUGUACGUCCCUCAGCACAACUUUAUUCUGAACUACAUUCGCAAACAGGGAGCCAGGACGAAGAUGGGCAUCUUCAACUCAAAGGACAAAUACAACGUUGAAUCAAGACUCCAGCAAAUGGGCUGGAAAGUGCCCGAGUUUGACUUGCCGACGAUGAAAGAGGGUACUAAGUUUGCCUUUUCAAUGCUGGUGGAGUCACUGAAAAGCUCGAAUCGUCGGUCGAAAAAGGACUUGAAUAACAUGUUCUACUUCGGUGCUGACGAUGAUUCCCUCGCGCAGGUUCAGAAAGAGUGGAAAGAAAUUUCUGAGAAAGAUAGGCGCAUUGUGUCGCUAAUCAAGCCGGAAAACAUGCACAUUGUCUCAGCGCGACUGUUUCUCGAAUCUGCCAUUCCACGAGAAAACAACGCCCUUUGCGCGGAAAUCUACAUGAGAAGUAUAAUCCUCUGCGAACUCGAAGAAAAGCCCACCUAUGUCGUUCUGCCUGAAGAUGCCGAUAUCUACCUCUACGGAUUUGCUGUUGAUUUCGUCUACGAGUAUGCGAGAAAUGAAGAUGGAAAAUUGACAUUUGGAGAGCCUGAGUGGAAAAUUCAAAAUAUCAGAAACUGGCCAAAAAUUCUUCCUCCGAAAAAGUGA